AUGUCUCUUAAGGUCAGGACAUGGAUGGCAGGUAGAGGAGGAGGCCUGCAGACCUCGUUACGUCUCCAUUCGAGCCUGCUUGACUUCCUAUCCACACUCAAGUCGAAUCCGACAUGCUUCUACCAUGCUCCCUUCUUAUAUCCAUUUCUCCACAGCGAUCAUCAAAACAGCAGAGACGACGACGGCAACAGGAAUGAAAACAACACAACGAUGUCCAUCACGACCUCGACUGAUUGGUGCCGGGUUGACACUGGCUACUACACCAUCGCUAUGGUCAACGGAUCGAAGCAAGAUGCAUACUUGAGUUACAGACGUGACGGAUCGGUGUGGAUUCGUGUGGGGCAGGACUCAACCGAAGAUUGGAAGUUCAGAGAAGAGACCAGGGCAAAGUUCAAAGUGACCUUACUAAGCCAGGAGUUAAUGAAUUUCAUUGAACAGCUCAACUACACUGAUCAGUGUGUACUAUCUGAUUUGAAUUUCAACAUCAGGAUUAAUAGUGGCUUGAGACAAUUUCACUUGGACGUGUAUCUACCAAGGCUGUUUAUCCUUUUCACACGACGUACACAUGUAUUUAUGUGCACGCGCAAGCACCGCAUCAUAUACGCUGAGUAUAUGAUAGCCAUUAAGAGGUUUGAACCACUGAGCCACCUCGCCGGCCAACAUGCGACAACUUACGUUGUCUACCCAUUUACCAGCCUCGAAAGGAUGGACGGCUCGGUUGGCCGGGAGGUCAGCUACCCGGAUGAACCUGUAAAAACUACCGGAUUCGAACCCGGGUCAUAG